GCUCAGGACACAGUUUGUUUUCCACGUGAUUUUCCUGCUGCCAGUUUCAUCUGAAAACAUCAACAUCAAUGGAACCAGAGGAGCUCCGGUUUUCUGGACAUGCUUUUACACCUCCAUCGAGCCGUUUUAUCCUAAGGAAUACUAUAUAUUCUGGCAGGGCCAACAUGAAUCAAAUAUUGUUGUACACGCUUGGUCAAAAGGAAAACAAGAGUCUAAAUAUCAAACGCCGUCCUUUAGAAACAGGACUAAAAUCUUCCCUGAUCAGUUAUCUUCUGGAAACCUCUCCCUUGUAAUAGAGCCUCUGAUGUUGGAAGAUGACCAGCUCUCCCUUGAGGUUACUGUGUCAGGAAACAAACCAACAAAGAAGCUCUGCCAGAUGACUCUCUAUAUAGCAGCUCCUUUCCAGGAACCUAACAUUGAGAUAAACAAAACAGAGAUGACUGCAACCUGCAGCACAAAGGGAGGUUACCCUAAACCUGAACUCAAAUGGAGCUCUGGGGAUGGAGGAACUGGACUGGAACCACGUGAAUUAGAAACCAAUAUUACUGUUGAAGAAGACGCCACCUACAGCAUUAGCAGCACCGUCAACAUCACAGGGUUUCAGAAGGUGACCUGCAGAGUUUACAACCCAACUUCAAACCAGACUCUGAGUGCAACUAAAGACAUCCAGGAGAGUCCAGCAAACAGACACCAUAUAUGGAUAAUAGGUGUUGUACCCUUCAUCAUCUUCAUCAUUGUUUGUAUGAGGCUGAUUAUCCUGCGCUCAAAAAGUCAACAGCGGCCACCUGCCCCACCUGCAGAAGGUGAAUCCUUAGCUGAAAGAAUUGCCUACCAUGCUCCAAGCAUGUCAUCAAGAAGUGGAUCUGAUAGUAAUGACUCAAUUAAUCAAGCUGUGGUCCACCGUUCCCCUGCUGCAAGAAGGGAUAGAGCUGCUGCUGAUGGUGCUGAUGGAGUUGGUGCAGAGCAGGAAACACAGUUUAAUUGAAAUGCAGGUGGAGCAAGCAGCUCAGAAAAUGGUAAGGACAAAUAACAGACAGCAGUAUGAAUGAAAACUGACAUCCGAGCUGAAGCAGGUAGUGAGUGAAAAACAGGAGGUAAAGAACUACCACACAAAGACGACAUCACCCAGUGAUUCAUUCAGAGGUUUUUGAAUGGACCAACCACAAGAUGUUGUCAUUAUUAUUAAAUCAUUCUUGUGAUUGUGAACCGUAUGAUUGUACGAUUUACAUAAAUCAUUUGCUAACCAUGGUAACACUUCACGUGGAUCUUCUGUUGUGUAUCUCUUACUCUGUUUAC